AUGCGAGAAAGCACGUGCUAUUGUAGGUCGACUGGGGUGCGCGUGGCAGCGCUGCCCGCCUGCCGACGGCCUACGGCGCAGCCGAGGGGCGUCUCCACUCCCUGGGAACCGGCAAUGGACAGGUGGUGGUUGGCGCGGAAGAUGCUGUCGCUGCACUCGGACGAGGGCGCGGCCGCGGCCGACGGCGGGGCGGGGGACGGCCUCCUCCUGCCGUCCGACAGCAGCGCCGUCAUCCUGUUCGCGGACGACGCCGAGGCGGAGAAGCCGCCCUCCGGGCGCCACCGCGGAGGCACUGUGCGCGAGGACCCCGUCGUCGCGCUCGACCUCGCCAAGAAGGCCAAGGUGAAGGACGCGCCCACGCCCGCCAACACGUACGCGGCGAAGAAGACGGUGGCUCAGGGCAUGAUGGACAUCGCGCUUAUCACCUCCAACGCGAACCAGCUGCGCUACCUCUUCGAGUUCGCCAGCGAGUCCUCCUUCUACCACCUCAACGUGGCGCUCAUCUCCGUCUCGCUGAUGCUGCAGAUUGCCGUGGGCGUGACGCUCAUCUUUAAGGGCCGCGCCGACCUCAGCGGCGAACACAAGAUGGCGCACGCCAACCGCCUCAACAACUACGUGGUGGGCGGCGUCUUCCUCGUCACCAUCAUCAACGUCUUCCUGGCGGCCUUCAGCGUCAGCAACAACAAGGCCCCCGGGGGCCAGGGGCAGACCCCUCAACCCUGACCCCACGCGACCAGUUGGCCCAGCGACAGCCCCACGCGUCGCCCUUCUCGUCAGCUGCCACCUCGCACCCUAUCUCAGUUCAUGUGGCCGCAAAGCGGUGGCUUGCAGGCUCGUGCGUUCGCGACGAUUUGACCGGAAAGUGGACGCUCCGUAGACUGUGUGACCCCUCUUUUCUGAAACAGAUGCUUCACUGGGGAACGAGGCAUACAAAAUGAAUGUGAGAAUAAAUAGUCGAAUCCAAGUGCAUCUGUUCCACUGACAGCGCUCUACUCAAAUGCGUAUUACCAUACAUUAACUUACUUUCUUAUUUAGUAUGUUUCCAAAUGUGUAUAAAUGCUAGUAUACAGCGGUAUUAACUAUAUACUUCUUUCUCGUGCUGAAUGAGUGAAUUUGGUUGAAUGGCUCUUAUUAUACACAAAUUUUUCAUUUUCAAAACUGGUCUGUGCGAUAUUGUUCCAUCUGUGUAAGUAUACUAUAUAACAGAAUCAU